UAUUUUUAGUAGUCAAUGAAUAUUCUUUCUCAACAAUUUUAUCGAAUUUUAGGGAACGAAGACGGAUGCCGGGGUCAUGCCAUCGGUAACAUUGAUGAGAAAGUGCCAGCCUACACUUCCGAUUCUGUAGCCACUGUCGAUGCGAAUGGCGAGUCCAUUCCGCUCAGCCUCGUUGAGCACCGAGUAUUGUACAUAGAGCUGGAGCUCGCCGCCCCCUAGACAAGUUGGUGGCGUCUUGUCCUCCUCAAGAUCUUCCUGUUUGCGCGGGAGAAUACCAGGAACAAGAUGGUGAACCUGAAGGGGCCGACCGAAAAAUUGAUCGAGAUCGGAUUUGCGAUGAAAAUGUAGGGCGAAUCGCCGCGGUAUGCCGCUUUUCGACCAUGAAUGUGUACGCCAGACAACGAGAAAUUCCGCGCCGAUCAAGCCUGCCAGAGUCAAGGUGUUUGCAGGUUUGAUGCCCUCACAUUUAAAUGCCCAUCCGUGCGCCUCGCUGAUCUGCUGAACAUCGUCCUCAUUGCGCACCAUAUGCAAGCACUCCAACGUUAUGUUCCGCACAAACAGAAGCCAUCCUGCGGCGAAUCAAGCGCAGGUGCAGCACUGAGCAUGACACUGGAAGGAAAAUCUUUCGCACGAAAACAACUCCUCGACGCCAACCAAGCCCGUCUCUUCUCUCUCACAUUGAAUCGACCCAAACUUUGGCCGACGAAAUCUCCUUCUUCCGAAUCUUUGAUCGAUCGGGAACCGAAAGCGGGCACACCUUUGCCCGCAGGAUAUCAUAAUGCGUAUUUCACCCCGACGCAGAUGCCGGGUCAGUUGGGGAUUGACGGGACGGAUACGACUUACAAUCCGCAACCCCCCUUCACCCGAAGAAUGUGGGCGGGCGGCUCCCUCUCCUGGCCUGGAGCGGACCCCAACAUCUCCCCCUCCACUUCACCCUCCUACCUCAAAAUCGGAGACACGGCCACAGAAAUCACAAAAGUCCUCAGCUGCGAAGCGAAAACGAUCAAGAAAAGCGGAGAAGCGAUGUUAGUCGUCGGCGUGCUCAAAGAAUUCUACGACUCGCGCGAACAGCUCUGUGUGGUGGAUCGGAGGAAUUGGGUGUUUCGGGAAGCGUUGGAUCCUAACAACAACAACAAGAAAAACAAAGCAAUCCCUCCUCCUCCUCCUCCUCCUGUAGAGGAAAGUAAGGAAGGAAAACUCAUCAAAUCCUUCCACCGAACUUCCGCCGAGUUGUUCCGCAUCAGCGCCUUGACGUUCAACGCCCACCGAAUCCACUACGAUCGGCCGUGGGCCGUGGAAGUCGAAGGACAUCGAGAUUUAGUGGUGCAUGGACCUUUGAAUAUGAUUUGUUGUUUGGAUUUUUGGAGGGAUGAGUAUGGCAAGACGCAAAAUUCGGUUGGGAAGGAGGAGGAGGAGGAGGGGGAGGUUCUUUUUCUUUUUCCGAAACGUUUGGAGUAUCGUGCGACGAGUCCCGUGUAUGUGGAGGAGCGGUAUAAAAUUUCGAUGGACCGACAAGCGAUUGCGGACGAGGUGGUGCCGGUUGAGGUUGUGGGUGGUGAUGGGAGGGUUUGUAUGAAAGGGGAGAUUGAGAGGUGGUGA